AUGUUUAGCAGCGGUGCCGAGCCGCUGGCCGCGUUCGGCGGCAUCCAAGAUGUCGCGGGGCGGUUGCCCUCCACAUUCUGGACUGCGCUCCGGGAGCGUGCCGAACUUUGGCAUGAUUCCUUUUCGGAGCAGUUGGACUACGACAAGGCCUUGAAGAAGGUCCUUUCGCACCUUGCCGCCAAGAACAGCUCCUUUCUUCCUCGUGAUCUGAACGAGUCACUGGAAUCGUUUCCCACAGAAGUGGGCCCGGGAGGGCGCACACUUUGGGGCUUCGCCCUGGCAAACUACUCGGACGAAACAGUGGAGGUCAACUUCACCCAGCUGGCAGUCACAGCUGGCUGGAACCCAAAGCUUUUCUCAGAUGAGACGGGCCACGGCAGUGGCUGGGCAAUGGGUGAGUUCAACCUUACGAGCGACGCAACGGUAUUGGCGAGACUUGGUGUAUGCAGGUUCCACUUGGAGCAAAACUUCUCCAUUAGCAAUGAUCAGCAAAUCUUGUUAGCAGACAUGUUGUGGAAGAUAUACAGAUGGUAUACAAGUCUUGGCAAAGUAGAUGGGGAAUUCAUCUUCAGUUGCCUCCCACAGCUCAGGAAGUGCUCGAGCUCUUUUUAUCUGGACUCUGAUUUAGCUUUGCGCCUGGCGGACGUUUAUGGGGAGAACCGGUCCGUGCAUGUUCUGCAGUUGCAGAUCCUUGGACAACGCUUAGUCGAAUCAGUGUCAAUUUCUGCUGCGCAGCGCCAGAGUCUCUCUUGUGAGCAAGUCAGGAAGGGGCAGCAUCGAGUCUUUGUCAAGGCAGCAGAGCCAGGCAAGGGAGGGCCGUCCCUGCAGACAAAAGACGAAGUAAGCUUCCCUCGCUGGAAAUUCAACGAUUCCACUUGCAAUCUGUGCCCCACGCGGAAGAAUCCAAAGAUUGCAUGCCUGGAAACCCUGCGAGCCUUCACGGCCAAGUCCUUGUCUCUGCAAUCUGCACUUGAUCCUGAAUGCCAGAUGGCAGAGUCGGAAGAACAAAGUAUUUACAAGGUGUCAAGCCAGUCCCUGUACACUUCUGUAUGCUUCCGCUGCGAGUUCCUUCUGGAUGGCGCGGCAGCACGGGAAGCUUUGACGGGCGUAGCAGCUGCUGGGCCCGAGAAGGUACUCAGCCCUUUCGUCUUACUGAAGGACGUAGCCGUCUCGGAGGUCAUUGGCUCUGAUCUGGCUUCUCCUCACCUGGGCACCUUGGCGAACUUGGCCUUCUCGCUGGUAGAUCAGCAGGGAAUCCCCAUCCUCAACACUGCCCGGGAGCCCUUGCACUUGCUCAGCGCUGCGAUUGUCGAAGAAGCGGUCAAUCUCAGUGUGCAAGGAGUCCAUCCCGGCGAUUUGCCUGCUGUACAACCUGGGCAAGCCAUGAUUCUGAGGCUGAACCUUCAGCAGGGUGGGCAGCUGACCUGCCACGGGCGGCCCAAGGUUUUCACCUUCACGGUAGCGCUGCAGCCAGAGGGCAACCACGCGCCGGUCCAUGCCUCCAUCACCACGCAAUGCCGCCGCAGUGCGGAUCGCGGCUUCCUCGUGGCCUACCCGGACUUCGAUGGUUAUGAGCUGGGCGGGGAGACGCUCGGAGACAGAUGCCUGGACAAUGCCUUGGGUGCCUUGCGCUAUGUGCGCGAGGAGCUGCCAGGAGCCCCAGGCAACGUCACCGAGCGGCGGAAGAGCCACAGCUUGGACGAUACCCGAGUGCUGGUGACAGGCCACUCCAUGGGUGGCCACGGCUGCUUCGUGUUCGCCAGUCACUUUCCGGAUCUGCUGCUUGGUGCUGCUUGUGCCUCCGGCUGGCCGUCCUUGAACUCGUACGCUGGUGAUUCCCAUUCAGGCCUUCUCGAUGGAACCCGGCGCGGUUUGCUGGAAGAAGCGCGCUUUGAGCACGCGGCGGAUUUCGCACACGAGAACCUGGUUGGCGUCCCUAUGCUCGUGAUAUACGGGAGCAAGGACGACAACGUCCCACCGACGCAACCUCGCAACAUGGUCCGUUUGCUCGAAUCGGCCGGGCAGAAAGACAGCUCCGUGACAGCCGUCGAGCUUCCAGGUGCAAUUCCAUGUAGCGCUUGCUUGAAUUGCCUGCCAUUCGCACUUUUCUCAGAUUUCCCAGACGAGUCGUUCCUACGAAGACUGUCUCCUGCGAAUCGCAGGUGUGGGCCACUGGUUCGGCCAGGAUGA